AUGAAAUUAGAGGAGAAAACUAUCAAGCAAAUCAAGUUCAUAGCAUCCACUGCUGGGAUACUACUCUUGUUUGUGAUGUGCAUUUUAAUAUCGUGGUUGUUGAUAAAAAAAGGUGACGGUAGAAAGGACAAACUGGCAAAGGUAGAGGAUGAGAUUAGACCAUUUACGAGGAAGACGACGUAUCGGACGAAGACGACACCAAAAGUGCCAGACGAGAAGACAAUUCCAGUUCCAGGGGCAUUGAAGUACAAAAUGACCAAAGUAGGCAGCAAAAUGAAUUCAGUGAAAGAGGUGGAAUUGAACUUCAAAAUAAGGGAGGACGAGAAGUUCAAAGACCGAAUCAGUAACGAAAUACAAGAAAUAUCAGAAUACGGGAGGAAGGCAGGAAUGGGGAAUGAGAGUGUGGUUGCGAAGAUGUACGAGUUGAGACACGGAUUUCUGGAGGAAAACUGCCUGAAUAUGCAGACACCUGGUGAUCUGAAAAUAUUCAAAAUAAUUGAUAAUGAUUUGAUCAACAUUUUGCUGAGUAGGAGACUGGACAGGUUUCCAUUUCCAUUUGUGGUCUACAGGGGCGACUCAGUUGAGACGUAUCACGCAGGAGUGUCCAAGACGGAGUUUCUGAGAUUCAAGGCAACCAGCCAGUUUGUAGAGAACGAUUUGAAGAAAAUUAAGGAUGCAGCAAUUGCAAAAAUAAAGAAGAUGGAAAUCAAGAACCUGGAGCCAAGAGACAUCAAGAGAAUUCUGUUUGGAUUCCACCACAUGCUGCGGUCAUUGAGGCAGUUUGGACAGGGAAGGAUGGCAGAAGGAAUGAAGAGGUCAUUGGACAACAUUUUGAGCAAAAUAAAGAAGGAGUACGACGACCAGGACAUUGUGGCGGAAUACGAGGCAAUUGAGAAGUCGAAGGAGCACAUAAAAUACAGCAGCACAUUAUCAGCAAUAGAUGAAAUAUUGGAAGACGGCUGA